AUGGUGCUACACCCGCAGGGAAUAAAGGAAAUCGACUCCGCGAUUCUUGAGCAAAAAGCAUCGAGCAAUGUAGACGUGGUGUUUCGGUUUCACGCGCUUAGCAAAAAGCUAAAGCUAAAAAUCAAUAGGUUAGAUGCCUCAAGCCAUCUUGUGAAGAAAUACAAGUCUAUAAUAGGCAAAAUCAGGAAAAUAAUUGAUCGCAUUAUUGCGCAAAGCUUGGGAGACGACGAACAAUUCUCCGAAGAUACAUCGGAGCUCAAAUACGAAUUCAUCGGGGAUUCACAACUUAAAAUUAACGACGAGAUUAUUGAAAUAUCAGAAGAUGAAUCGAGUGAAGCGCCCAAUGGCGGCCCUGAAUCCGAAUUUAAGUACAUUCAUCUCAAUGACCAAGCGGCAUGUCAAAUAUCGGAAACCAUUUUUGCGCCAGUUACAAUAUUCGAUCGACUUUAUAUCCAUCAAAAGAAAGGUUUGAAAUGGUUGGCUGGGCUUCAUCAUCGUGGACACGGUGGUAUAUUGGCCGAUGAAAUGGGAUUGGGGAAAACUAUCACAAUUCUGUCCUUUUUCCAUGCACUAAUAUUCUCCAAGGAGUCCAAAAAGCUAGAUUUUGGGGGUGGAUUACACGUCCUAGUAGUGUGUCCCACUACUCUGAUUUCUCAGUGGAAAGAUGAAAUGGAUAAAUGGACUCCGCUUUUGAAGCCUGUGGUAUUUCAUGGUGCAUUUGGAUCCUUCGGCAAACGAGCAAUUUUCGGGAAGUUCAAAAGAGUUAAAUACAAAGCCCUAAUAACGAGUUAUGAAACAUUGAGAGUCCACAUAGACACCAUCAACGCUUGUCAUUGGUCAUAUGUAGUCCUAGAUGAAGGGCAAAAAAUUAGAAAUCCAGAUGCAGCCAUAACGCUUGCAGUGAAGACACUCGGCACUCCACAUAGGAUACUGCUCUCCGGAUCGCCUAUACAAAACAAUCUGGUGGAAUUCUGGUCCCUGUUGGAUUUUGUUGCGCCUGGGCAUCUGGGUACACUUCCUUUGUUCACUGAACAGUUUGUGGAACCGAUUAUGAAAUCCACUGAUAUAUGCAGUAAUUCAACUGCAUAUAAUUGUGCUUUGCGUUUGAGAGAACUGGUCCAUCCCUUUAUUCAAAGGAACUUAAAAAGCGAAUUUACGGACUGUUUGAGGCUUCCGAAGAAAACGGAGCAUAUCAUCAUGUGCAAUUUGACAAGAGUGCAGUACCAGGUCUAUAUCGCACUUCUCAAAAAUGUUAUUAAUGUUCACUCGGUGGGUAAUUCCAACUUAGAAAUGGCUGUGAAAAGCUCCAUCAGUCGUAUGGGUGGUAACAUGAAAUCUAGCAGGUUCUUAGUAUUGCUAACAUUACUUCGAAAAGUGUGCAAUCAUCCUGAUCUCGUUUUAAAAGAGCACCCUAAAGACUUUGGUAACGUCGAAAGGUCUUCUAAGUUGAUGGUUGCACUAGAUAUAAUAUCCAACUGGGAAAUAAAUGGGCAUAAGAUUUUGGUUUUUUCACAGACAAUACAAAUGCUGAACAUUAUCUACGCCAACCUGACCACACGAUAUAGUGCCUGCAGAAUAGCUAGGAUUGAUGGUGACAUCUCGAUAAAGAAGCGUUCCGGUAUUUUAGAUUCUUUCGAAAAGGGAGAAGAUGUUUUUGUUUUGUUACUAACUACCCGAGUAGGAGGCGUGGGUCUAAAUCUUACAUGUGCGGAUCGUAUUCUAAUUUUUGAUCCAGACUGGAAUCCUAUGACUGAUUCACAGGCCAGAGAGAGGUCGUACAGAAUCGGUCAGAGCAGGGAUGUUGUUAUUUAUCGGCUGAUAUCGGCUCAUACUGUGGAAGAAAAAAUUUAUCACAGGCAGAUUUACAAGUUUUAUUUAAGCGAGCGCAUACUUACUGACCCACGUGUUAUGGGUUUUAGGUUUCUUCCUGCCUCAGAUCUCCUUUCUUUACCGCCCAAACCUGCAGGUCCAGGAGAUACCGAUGACUAUAUUAAUGAUGUAGAAAAACAACUGAAAUCUAUCGAUUUUGAGAUGGAAAUCAGACAACUUAACAACACUAAAGGGAUAUACCAACGUUCAAGCGAUGUAGCUAAAUGCGUGUCAGAAGAAAACCCCAUCCUGCAGUCAAUAUUCGCACAUCACGAAAUUGAAGGUGUAAUUAAGCAUGAUGACAUUGAACAUAGGAUUUAUGCCAAUGUUGAUCAAGAUUCGUCAGUGAUUGCAGAUAAGGCAAUACAACUCUUGAAGAGAUCGCUGAAGGAAAGAAGUGCGUAUGAUAUAUCGGUGCCAACAUGGACUGGCGAAAAUGGUCAAGCUGCAGCUCCAGUGACUUGCAAUAGGCGUAAGAUGUCGAAAGGUAACACAGAAAACAGUAUUGCUGUGUUACAAAAUCUAAGAAGGAAGACUCACGAUCAUUACACUGGGGGGAUACGCAAGGAUAUGUGCUCCAUGGUUAAAAUAAUUUUAGAUUACUUCAGACGUGCACCAAAACUAGAAGUUCCAACAGGAGAGGUUUGUUAA